GCAAGGAAAAAACCUGCAGAGGGCGGAGCGGCGCCUUUAAAUGCCCGGGGCCCCGCCUCCCGUUCCCCCCACCCCAGCUGAAUAGGCUGCGUUCUCUUGGAACGCGCAGCAGAACGAGGUUCUGGUGACCCUAGCCGCGUUCGCUCCUUAGUCCUUUCGCCUAUCCACCGGCGUACCAGGCAGACCCACCCCGUCCUGUGCCAGGAAAGCACUGCCACCGGCACCAUGCCCUACCCAUACCCAGCACUGACCCCGGAGCAGAAGAAGGAGCUGUCUGACAUCGCUCACCGCAUUGUGGCUCCGGGCAAGGGCAUCCUGGCUGCAGAUGAGUCCACUGGAAGCAUUGCCAAGCGCCUGCAGUCCAUUGGCACCGAGAACACCGAGGAGAACAGGCGCUUCUACCGCCAGCUGCUGCUGACUGCCGACGACCGUGUGAAUCCCUGCAUUGGGGGCGUGAUCCUCUUCCACGAGACACUGUACCAGAAGGCAGAUGAUGGACGUCCCUUCCCCCAAGUUAUCAAGUCCAAGGGUGGUGUUGUGGGCAUUAAGGUAGAUAAGGGUGUGGUGCCCUUGGCAGGAACCAAUGGCGAGACGACUACCCAGGGGCUGGAUGGGCUGUCUGAACGCUGUGCCCAGUAUAAGAAGGAUGGAGCCGACUUUGCCAAGUGGCGCUGUGUGCUAAAGAUUGGGGAACAUACUCCCUCAGCCCUGGCCAUCAUGGAAAAUGCCAAUGUUCUGGCCCGUUAUGCCAGCAUCUGCCAGCAGAAUGGCAUUGUACCCAUUGUGGAGCCUGAAAUUCUCCCUGAUGGGGACCAUGACUUGAAGCGCUGCCAGUAUGUAACUGAGAAGGUCCUGGCGGCUGUCUACAAGGCUCUGAGCGACCACCAUGUCUAUCUGGAAGGCACAUUGCUGAAGCCCAACAUGGUCACCCCUGGCCAUGCUUGCACCCAGAAAUUUUCCAAUGAGGAGAUUGCCAUGGCAACGGUCACAGCACUUCGUCGCACAGUGCCCCCUGCUGUCACUGGGGUCACUUUCCUGUCUGGAGGGCAGAGUGAGGAAGAGGCAUCCAUCAACCUCAACGCUAUCAACAAAUGUCCCCUGCUGAAGCCAUGGGCCUUGACUUUCUCCUAUGGCCGAGCCCUGCAGGCCUCUGCUCUAAAGGCCUGGGGUGGGAAGAAGGAGAACCUGAAGGCAGCCCAGGAGGAGUACAUCAAGCGCGCCCUGGCCAACAGCCUCGCUUGUCAAGGAAAGUAUACCCCAAGUGGCCAGUCUGGAGCUGCAGCCAGUGAAUCUCUCUUCAUCUCUAACCAUGCCUACUAACCAGAGCUGAUCUAAGGCUGCUCCAUCAACACUCCAGGCCCCUGCCUACCCACUUGCUAUUGAAGAGGGGUCUUCAGGCUCUUUCCCAUCACUCUUGCUGCUGCCCUCGUGUGUGCGGUGUUGUCUGUGAAUGCUAAAUCUGCCAUCCCUUCCAGCCCACUGCCAAUAAACAACUAUUUAAGGGGGA